UUUGGUCGGGGAAGAUGUUUUGCGAGGACUGAAAAUUGAAAUCUUUUAGCAAGACUUUCAUCUCUAAGCGUAAGCGGGAUUCAUCGUUUGGAAGUGUUAAGGAAUGAUUUAAAGCGUGAUUUCAGAGCCGCUUGCUCGUCGGUAAUAUAUGAAAAUACAAUCAUCAAAUGGCGAAAACGUUGAAACGAGAAUUUUGCAUUGAAGUUAGCAUCCUCAUCCAGUUAUGUGGUUUUUACUUCUCUGGAGUCAUUCUUCCCAUUUGCUGGGGAUGUUCUGAUGAUGAAUGUCGCUCCAUUAUCUUCAAAGAACCAGUGCAAGACAAGGUCAUAAAAGGCCACUUAAUCCGGGCUGUGGAGAUACCCAACCGGGGGAGCUGUGACGUGAUGUGUUAUAUGGAGCCCAACUGUGUGUCCAUAAAUAUAGGACCAUCUCCUCAAGCAGGGACAUACAUUUGUGAGUUGAAUAAUGCCACGGAUGACAACAAAGGCUCACGUGUUUUACAGAGUAAAAAGGAUUACAUUUAUCUUGGUAUUGAGAAUCCCUGCAGCAGCAGUCCCUGUUUCAACAAUGGCACAUGUCAAGCUGGAUACACUAGUAAAGGAUUUCGUUGUAAAUGUCCUACUGGAUUCACUGGCGCAUUUUGCAAAGAAGCCUGCAGCUUAGACUUUGAAGAUGGAAUCGGUGGAUGGGAAAGGACAGGCACAGCUUUUGAUAACCAACCAACAUUUGGUGACAAUCCAAAGGCACGCAACAGAGAAAGCGCCAAACAACAGGGGAACUGGUGGAUAGGGGGAGCUGAACUUCGACCAAAGGAAAGCGCACCUCCUGGAAAACAACCACCGGAUGCGGAUUUACCCCAAGGCACUCUAACUUCCCCCUGCUUUCAGAUCGUUGGCCAUAACAUCUCGUUUCUUAUUGGUGGGGGCUGCGAGCUAAAUGAAAUCCGCGCGGAACUUAUUGUUAAAAACAAGGUUGUCAGAACUAAGACGGGAAACUGUUCGGAGACGAUGUACCGUAAGAGCUGGGACGUUGAGGAGUUCAUUGGUCAAUAUGCUCAAGUCAGAUUAGUUGACGAGAGAUCAGCUAACUGGGCUCACAUUAACUUUGAUGACCUCAGAGGGGAUGUCAUUUGUCCACCUAACAUUCUGUUGAACAAACCAACUGGAGUCCCUUCAAGUUUGCCAACAUAUCACAAGCAAGUGGCGGAAACGUGCAGGCUGAGUAUGGAAGCUUCCGUUUUACUUUUAAGCUUUCUCUUUUAUAGCGGUUUUAUUAUUCCGUUAUCCUCUGGAUGUUCCGCAGCAGGUGAAGAAUGUCGAUCCAUUGUUUUCAAAGAACCACUAAAGGGCAAAGUCAUAGAGGGGCACUUAAUCAGGCUUGUAGAGGUACCCCACCAAGGGAGAUGUAACGUGCUGUGCUAUAUGGAGCCCAAUUGUGUGUCCAUAAAUUUGGGGCCUUCGCAAGGAGGCAACUACAUUUGUGAGUUAAACAAUGCUUCGGACGAAAGUCCAGGCUCAUCCGUCCUUCAGAGUAAACAAGAUUAUACUCAUUUAAGCAUCGAGAAUCCAUGCAGCAGCAGUCCCUGUUUCAACAAUGGAACUUGUCAUGCUGGAUACACCGAUAAAGGAUUUCGUUGCAAAUGUCCUUCAGGGUUCACUGGCGCAUACUGCAAUAAAACCUGCAGCUUUGACUUUGAAGAUGGAAUCGGUGGAUGGGAAAUGACAGGCACAGCUUUCAUUUAUCAACCAACAUUUGGUGACAAUCCAGCAGCACGCAACAGAGAAAGCGCCCAGCAACAAGGGGACUGGUGGAUAGGGGGAGCUGAGAAUCGACCCCGCGAAAGCGAUCCAGCAGGAUGGCAGCACCCAGCUGAUGCCGACCCACCCCAAGGAACUCUCAUUUCUCCUUGUUUCCGUAUCGUUGGCAGAAAUAUCUCGUUUCUCAUCGGUGGAGGAUGUAACAUAAGUGAUAUUCGUGCGGAACUUAUUGUCAAAAACCAGGUUGUCAGAACAGAAACAGGCAACUGUAAAGAGACAAUGUAUCGUAAGAGCUGGGACGUAAAAGAAUUCAUUGGUCAAUACGCCCAAGUCAGACUAGUUGAUGAGAGGAAUUGUUGUUGGGGUCACAUCAACUUUGAUGACCUUAAAGGAGACAUCAUUUGUCCUCACUAUUUAAACGAAAACAACUGUAAUUCGAUAACCCAAGGAAAGACCACAUAUCUGACAUCCUUUCGAGUAAACAGUGUACUCGGAGUCAAAAUGUACAUAAUUAAGAAAGGAAAAAUGCCCUGGCCAAAUUUUUGUUUCUUUAUCUUGGCUUUUUUCGCGGGCCGCGUAUCUGCUAAUGAACAGUGCAGGAUGGAGAUCAACAUUCAAGAUGAUGGAUGCCGCCACAUUGUGUGGAAUCAACCAGUACAAGACAAACUCAUGCAGGGAAACGUAAUCAGAAGUAUGGAGGUGCCUCAUGAGGGCAGCUGUAAAGUAAUUUGUUAUAUGGAGCCCAAUUGUGUGUCCAUAAAUGUUCGACCUGCUACUCAAGGAGGAAACUUCAUUUGUGAGUUAAACAAUGCUACGGGAAGAAAUAAAAGCUCGUCUGCCCUACAAAGUAAAGAGGGUCAUAUCUACGUUGCCAUUGAGAAUCUCUGCAGCAGCAGUUCCUGUUACAACAAUGGCACUUGUCAAGCUGGAUACACCGAUAAAGGAUUUCGUUGUAAAUGUCCUUCAGGGUUCACUGGCGCAUACUGCAAUAAAGCUUGCAGUCUUGACUUUGAAGAUGGAAUUGGUGGAUGGGAAAUGACAGGCACAGCUUUCAUUUACCAGCCAACAUUUGGUGACAAUCCAGUAGCACGCAACAGAGAAAGCGCACAGCAGCAAGGGGACUGGUGGAUAGGGGGGAGUGAGAAUCGACCCAGUGAGAACGAUCCAAAAGGAAAGCAGCACCCAGAUGGUCCCGACCAACCCCGAGGAACUCUCAUGUCUCCUUGUUUCCGUAUCGUUGGCAGAAAUAUCUCGUUUCUCAUCGGUGGAGGAUGUACCAUAAGUGAUAUUCGUGCGGAGCUUAUUGUCGACAACCAGGUUGUCAGAACAGAAACAGGCAACUGUAACGAGACAAUGUUCCGUAAGAGAUGGGACGUAACAGAAUUCACCGGUCAAUACGCCCAAGUCAGACUGGUUGAUAACAAAUCUGCCAACUGGGCUCACAUCAACUUUGAUGACCUUAAAGGAGAUAUCAUUUGUCCUCACUACUUAAACGAAAACAACUGA